UGCUCUGCCUCUCUUCAUCAUGUUGUUGUGAUUCUAUUUCCGCCUGCUCGCUGCAGCUAGGAGCUAACUCACACUGUGAAUGUGCUGCUAAACCUUUCUUUAUUAGAAAGACUCCCACAUAUUGUUCAUGUCAAGGUCAUUCUGAACCCCGGAAAGCUUUGACGGACAGCUAUGUCGCUCUAUGAUGACCUUGGUGUUGGUGCCAGUGACACCAAAACAGAGGGAUGGUCCAAGAACUUUAAACUGCUGCAGUCCCAGCUGAAGGUGAAGAAAGCUGCGCUGACCCAGGCCAAGACCCAGCGGAUGAAGCAGACCACCGUGUUGGCCCCGGUCAUUGAUCUUAAGAGAGGAGGCUCAAGCGAAGAUAGACAGAUCUCAGACACUCCUCCACAUGUUGCAGCCGGUCCCAAGGACACAGUGCCCAGUGGCUUCUCCUCUGGAGAUGUGCUUAUCCCUUUGGCAGACGAGUAUGAUCCUAUGUUCCCCAAUGACUAUGAGAAGGUGGUGAAGCGACACAGAGAAGAGCGACAGCGACAGAGGGAGCAGGAGCGACAGAAGGAGAUAGAGGAGCGAGAAAAAUAUGAAAAGAAGAGGAAAGACCGGCACGACAGUGGUGCUCCAAGUGGUUUCUCUCGUUUCCCUGCAGCUGAGGGCGAAUCAGACGAGGAGGAGGACUAUGAGAAAGAGCGGAGGAAAAGAAGUAUGGGUGGAGCAGCCAUUGCCCCUCCGUCUUCACUUGUUGACAGGGAUGGCCCUGCUGCAUUCUCUUAUGAAGAUGAAAGUCGCCCUGCCAGAGGGUCAAAGGCUGCUAUCCCCCCGCCUAUGUACGAUGAUUCAGACCGUCCACGCUCUCCACCCGGGCCAACCAGCUCCUUCCUCGCUAACAUGGGAGGCACCGUGGCCCAUAAGAUCAUGCAGAAGUACGGCUUUAAAGAAGGUCAGGGUCUGGGGAAGCACGAGCAGGGCCUGAGCACUGCGCUGUCUGUGGAGAAGACCAGCAAGAGAGGCGGAAAGAUCAUCAUAGGUGAUGCUGCAGAGAAAUCAGGGUCCAGCCAGUCAGGUGCUGCUGAAGCUUCAGCAGGCGGAGGCUUUUCAGCAGAUUCCAAGAAGUCAGAUGCUAACCCGCUCACAGAGAUCCUCAAAAACCCGACUAAAGUGGUCCUGCUGAGGAACAUGGUGGGCCCAGGAGAGGUGGACGAAGACCUGGAGGGAGAGACGAAAGAAGAGUGUGAGAAAUACGGCAAAGUAGUGAAAUGUGUCAUUUUUGAGAUUGCAGAGGUGACAGAUGAUGAAGCAGUCCGGAUAUUCCUGGAGUUUGAGAGGGUGGAGUCAGCAAUCAAAGCCGUGGUGGAUCUGAACGGGCGCUAUUUUGGCGGGCGAGUCGUCAAGGCCUGCUUCUACAACUUAGACAAGUUUCGUGUUCUGGACCUGGGCGAGCAGGUGUGAUACCAGGCCCUCUGCACACAUCCUCAUCCCCUCACUUGUACAUAUUAACUUUUUUUAUAUUUCCUGAAGAGCAGUGAAGCGUCUGUAUGUAGUGAUGAGAAGUCGAUUCUCCUGUGAUACCUUCAUGUGAAAAUAAACGGUAAAAAAGG